AUGGAUUCUUCUAUAUAUGCAAGUGAAGAUGUUGAUGUUGAUUGCAUGAAGGGUGAGUGUAUUUCUAUAGAUAUGCAAUUAUACGGAUCGGUCUUCUCUGCUGGGAAUUCAAUCAAGGGAAAGGUGAAAAAGCUCUGCAGCAUAUUCGAAUCCACCAAAUCCCUAACAUCAGUUCUGGAUGAAUUGCAAUCGCAAUUACAAUCGCCUACCAAAUUGAAACCCACCAAAUCGAUCGAAUUCGAUUCUAGGGUUUCUUUGUUCAUGACCAACCCUCUAAUUCGAUUGCCGGGUACUGAAGAUCGAAUUGUCGUCUAUUUCACCAGUUUGAGGGGAAUUCGGAGGACAUAUGAGGAUUGUUAUGCUGUGAGGAUGAUAUUGAGGGGAUUUAGGGUUUUCGUCGACGACUGUGACAUUUCCAUGGAUUCAGCUUAUAGGAAAGAAUUGCAGAGUGUUCUGGGCAAAAAGAAUGUGACUUUGCCACAAGUGUUCGUCCGACGGAAGUACAGAGGUGCUGAUGUGAUCAAACAACUUCAUGAGGUUGGUGAAUUGGCCAAAAUUCUCAGUGGGCUUUCGAUUCAAGAACUUGGGUUUGUCUGGAAGGGCUGUGGGGAUGCCAAGUUCAUUCCGUGCUCGAAUUGUAGUGGAAGUAGAAAAGUUUACGACGAAGACGAAGACUAGUUGAAGAGAUGCCUGGAGUGCAAUGAGAACGGGUUGAUCCGGUGUCCAACUUGCUGUUCUUCUUAAUAAUAUAUAUAUAUAUAUAUAAAGUACAAAAAUACAUAUAUAUAC